AUGAGACUUUGCGGCAUCAUACAGGUAUCCUGCUUUGCAGGGUUGUUUCCAGCAAGCAUCCAAGCCAUCAAGGAGACAUACGACUAUGUCAUCGUUGGGGGCGGAACCGCUGGCCUGACGGUUGGAGAUCGUCUCAGCGAGAGUGGAAAACACAGCGUCUUGGUCAUAGAGUAUGGUUACCUGGAACCGGAUGGUCAGAGGCCUGGAACGCUCUACAACAUAACUUCGGCGCCAGUUGCUGGUCUCAACAACAGGACGUUCCCUGUGUCUAUUGGAUGUGUCGUUGGCGGGAGCUCGGCCGUCAACGGCAUGGUUUUCCAGCGAGGAAACGCAAAAGACUACGAUGUUUGGGGAGAGCUUGGCGGUGGCAAUCCAAGAAGAGUCCGCUGGAAUUGGGUUGACAUGCUCAAGUACUUCAAAAAGAGCAUCCAGAUGACAGCUCCGAAGCCAGAGACAGCUGCGUUUGACCUCAGAUACGACACCAAAUACUGGGGCCGCAACCUUACGACCAACCAUACCAUUUUCGCCACCUUUGGCAAUGUGAUUAGCCCCAAGACUCAUGCCUUCUAUGAAGCGGCCAAAAGACUAUCGGGGAUGAAGGUCUCACCAGACGCUGGCAGUGGGCAGCUUGGCCUACAGUACUACCAAACUUCAACAAAUCCAUACACGGGAGAGAGGUCCUACUCCCGAACGGGCCAUUGGGAUGGUCUCAACCGCGCCAACUACGAUCUUCUCACGGCAACUCGUGUGAACAAGAUUGUUUUUGAUCACCACAGAGCCGCAGGUGUUCAAAUCUACCCCCGAGGUGAAAGCUCGAAAAAGACUACCAUUCGUGUCAGAAAGGAAGUCAUCCUAGCUGCCGGCGCCAUUCAUACGCCUCAGAUCCUGCAGCUGAGCGGCAUCGGACCUGCUGACCUUUUGAAACGUGCCGGGAUACCGGUCGAAGUUGACCUCCCUGGUGUCGGGUACAAUUUUCAGGAUCAUACCUUCAUACCUGCAGUAUCUUUCAGUUGGUUAACGUCACCACCAAUCCCAGAGCACUUGAAUAUCACCGUGGUUGAUGAUGGGCUGGGAAGAACCUCGCUAGGAUUAUCUGUCGAGCUGCCAGUUGUUUCCCCAGGCUCCUUCAAGCGGAUCGCAUCCAAGUACGAGUCUCAGGAUCCGGCUACAUAUCUACCCAAAGGUACCGACAGAACCAUCAUCAGAGGCUAUCGUAAGCAGCAACAGAUCUACGCUCGCGAGAUGCGAGCCAAAGACUUCUCUUUUCUCCGCGCAACCUUUUCGGGUGAUCCGUCUUUUGUCCCCAUUAUCAUCCACCCCGUCAGCCGCGGCACCGUGUUGAUCGACCCGGCCGCAGGCAGCGACAUUGAAGUCGAGCCGAUCGUGAACUACAGGGCCGCCUCGAACCCGAUAGAUGUCGAUGUGGCGGUUGAGGAGAUCAAGUUUUUGCGGAGGUUCAUGACCACGGGGGAGUUGUCUAGGUACAAUGCCACCGAGGUCGUGCCAGGGCCUGGGUAUGAGUCGGACGAAGCGCUUGGGGCAUGGGUGAGGGCAAAUACCAUUCCCAGCGUAUACCACCCAGUUGGGACGGCAGCCAAAAUGCCGAGGGAGUGGGGGGGAGUGGUAGGGGAGGACUUGAUGGUCUAUGGAGUGAGGGGCCUGAGCGUGGUGGAUGCGUCGAUGAUGCCGACAAUUGUUGCUGGUACCACAAGCAUGACGGUAUAUGCGGUUGCAGAGAAGGCGGCUGAUUUGAUCAAGUUGAGGGCUGGUACAAUAGUCUGAUCAAAAGGGAUUCGUCGAGUGCCUGGAUGAGUUAGGCAUGGAGUGUUCAAUCAGUGUCUGUUCGUCUGGCAGUGGUAUCUAGAUGGUGGAUGAACCUCAGCGGACAUGUCUCCUUGCCCCACCAGGCACCUCAUGUCGGAAAUGGAAUGAGAAUGCUGGGAUAUCAGACACAAGUUUAUUCACCAGUGUAAACGCCCUACAAAGUCACAAGUAAAUUUCACUUCCAAGCUCCCAAUUCACC